AUGGAUUCGCGAGCGUCAUCGCUGUCACCGGUGAUCGACCCGGACGACUCGAGAUCGCCUCCAGGAUCACCUGCACCGCCGCCGCCGCCACCGCCGCCGCCACUGCCGCAGCCGCUGCUGCAGCCUAGGCCCGUAAACCAAUCUGUAAGACUCGUUGAACACGUUCAUAACAAAAUCAACAAUAACAAUAAUAACAACAGCAACAACAACAAUAAUCACCGACAAGUGUCGUCCAGCACGACGAAAUCACCGCCGGCUCGCACGCCGCCGUUGCCGUCAAACCAUCAUCGAGCGCUAAUCACCGCCGGCAUCAACGCUGCACCAGGUACAUAAAUACAUUACAAUAUAUUUGAAAUCGGUUACAUUCGACGCGGUCAGUUCCAAAAUAUCCGAGAAUUGCAGGUUUAUGAUUUGUUUUAAAUGAACCAAUCCCACGGGACGGAAUAUACCGGGAUUCUGAAGAAAUAUCCGGAAAAAAAUUUACGUUAUAUUAUAUUAUUUGCGUAUUUAAAUAAUAAUACGCAUCAAAAUGUGUUUUAACGAAAUUAUUUACAAUAUAUUUCGCACUUGUUUUUUUUUUACCAAAUAAACAGUUAGUAUAUAAUAUUGGUUAGCGUUUAUUUCAGAUUUCACAUGUUCUGUGGGUGGGAGAAAAAAGAAUUUUCUCGGAGUCUUAAAAAAUAAAUAACGCCGUUUUUAUUAACUUUAUUAAUUCAUUAUAAUCAUCGACAUAGUUACGCCACCGACAUUUCUGGGGGAAAAAAACGUUGUGUCGCUUUACAAAUAGUCAGAAAUUCGACCAUUCAACAUGUUAAACAUUUUAAGGUAAAUCGAAUUUAUAUAUUAUAAUAUAGAUACUAGAUCCCCGGAGUGUAAUCAUUUUUCUCUAAGAAGGGUAUCUGCUAAGACUACUUGGAACAACCACCGAGUGUAACAAUUGGGCUCGGAGGUGGAAACAAGCUAUUUUAGUAUACCUAUAGUGACGAUUAUUAUCAAUAAUCAUUUCCGAAUAAUAUAAUUUUCCAUUUCGUAUGCGGUACAUUAAACACGACAUAUUAAGACUGCAGUCUAGUUUUAGUCAAUUUUUAGUAAUAUCUAAUAUGUAUGGGGUUUUCAACGAAUACUUUGGUCUGCAAAGAUUAAAGACUCUCAAAGUUCAUAGAAAUAAAUAUGAUUUCGAACAAUUCGACUUUUUUGUCAAGAUUGUCGAAAAAUCGAGCAGAAAUUAAUUGAAUUUGCUUUGAACUGUUUGAUUAUCGUCAGCAUAACUAUUGAGUAAUUGAUUUACUAUUUACUAAUUUUACAAUAAUUUAGUAAACAUUUGCUAUUUUGCUAUUUUCCUUAGGUUCGGUGGUAUUGCUGUUUUAUUGCGGUAUACAUGUGAGACUUUUAAAUUGUACGUUAUAUUAUACGAUUUUCUCGGCACAUUCGACCCAAACGGGUUGUGAGUUCUUUUCAUCUAAAAUUAAAAAUGAAUGCGUUAGGUCUUUACUCGUGGAAGAGUGUGUUUAAUUAAUUCUGUUGCAGCCCCUGGCAAUGGUAACUUUUUGUCGGGGGAGUCCAACGGUUUUUAUGGUUUUUAAGUUUCAUUGUUGUUCAAUAUUGAUCUACGAUAACAUAAUAUUAUUUAUUAUUAUUAAUUACCGAUUAUAAUAUCGGCCGUUUAGUGAUAUUUUAUUAAAAUGUCCGUAAAACACAGAAAAAACGUACGUCAAUGUCCAAUAUUGUUGUAGUAGUUUAUGUUUAAAUAUAUUAUUUUCGUUACCCUUAAAAGUCAAAGUUUUAAUAUAAAAAUAAAAUAAUAAAGCAAAUAAAUGAAUAACCAAAUGUUCCUUUUUAUAUUUCGUGAAAAUCAUAUCGACUGCAGUUGUAUUUUAUCUAUUAAACAAAUCUAUUAUUUUUAUAUUUUUAUAUUUUUUAAUAUAUUAUUUUUUUGGGGGGGGGGAUAUUUUCAUAUAUUCUGUUUAUGUUGUGCAUUGAUUUUUUAAAAAGUUAUUAGUAAAAUUUAAGUUAAAAAUAGUAUUGACUAUAGUCUAGUUUUCAUUGUAUAAUAACACAACUUAAUAAUCUUUUUCAAGAAAAAAUACAUUAUUAAGAAACAGUCAAAACUGCAAAAUCCUCUUCCGAAAGGGACCUGCAGAUUAUGACUGAAACUCUCAUCGAUGAAAGUAAACCAAGUAAGGUUUAGUGAUAAAUGAAGACAAUACUAAGUUCUUGAUAAAUGCAUCAUCUAAAUUCAUCAUUGUUCCCUGAUAAUUGGAAAUCGAGUUAUAUUCAGCCAAUCUCAGAAACCGGUGAUAAAUAAAAUAUUAUAAAUUGCAGACCGACUUCUCUUCUAUUUCUAUCAAACGACGCUGCGGUGAGGAUCUGAAUGGUCUAUAUUAAACCAAAUCAAAAAAAGUAUAGAUGGAUAUAGAUAUAUAUAAGUAAUCGGGGUAAUCAGAAUAAAUAAAUGACGUCUAUAUAUAUAGUGCAACUUUUUUCUCUUACGCUUUCCAUGCACAUAAAGAGGGAGAUAUUUUUUAAAUUAUACUUUUAUUCACUUUUUUAUGAACGUUAUUUAAAGAUGAAUAUGAAAAAAAUGUAUUUGCCUUUAGCGAAAGGUGGCAGGGUGACUUUGUAUAGUGCCUCGUAAAACUUUAUUAGCCCGUAGCUCCGAUAUUUAUCUUAACCCUAAAAUUUUAACAUUCCGCACAUUGCACUGCAAGCAUUACACGCACUGCUCAUUUUCAGUCUGUUUAAUGUGUUUUUUAGACUCUGAGCGUAGAGAGUUUUACUGUAAGGAAUAAUAAUUUUUUUUGUAAAAACUAUGGCUUUUUUUAGUUUUGAUAUUACGUGCAUUACGUAGAUACAAUUGUUUAACCAAACAGAGAUGCUUGCAAAUUUGACACAAGAUUUAUCAUAAGUCGUAUUUAGUGAUUAAAAAACAAAAUAUUUGAAAGUAAUAAUAUAGUAAGUUUUUUUUAUAAGCGAUUUAAGAUAAAAUUUUGAAAAAUCUUUAAAAUUACCGCAUUUUAAAACAUGUAUACCUAACCAAACUUUGCUCAGAGUCUCUUUUCGUUGAAAAUAGUAUCGUUACUUAGACACAUAAAUUAAAUAACUUUAUUUAUCCUACCUUCCCAAAUUCCCAGCUACAACAGGAGCACACUCGUUUUCAGAAUCAGUUUUUUUUUUUUAUUUAUAAAAAGUAAAUGAUUCGUAUACGACUAUAUGUCUUUAUGAAAAUUUCUUGGCAUUUUAUAAAAAUGUUUUAACAUAGUAUUUUAAUAUACUUGUAUAAUAAAUUUUAAUUUUGGGAAUUGCACUUUAUUAACUUAAUUUAAAUUUAUUGUGUACCUACCUAUGAUUUUGCAGACGUUGAAAAUUAUUUUUUAUAUUUGAAUAACUGAUACUGCUUGAUAUCCAUUUUAGGAGAGAGAUACGGUUGGUUUUAUAGACGAAUAUGACGUUAUAGACAGAAAAGCCAAACAAAAUUAUAAUAAAGCAUUUGAUGGAUUUAAAAUAUUUUAAUUUUGAAAACAUGAUACGGUUCUUUAGGUUCUUUACUAGGAUAAGUUGAAAUUAUUUUUUUAAAUUUUAAUUAUCUUUAUUUAAAAGGCACAACACUAAGUAGUACAUUUUUGAAAAAAUUUCAAUUAUAUAGUCAAAUUUGUUUACAAUUUUUAUUAUAAUAAUUAAACAUCUAUUCUUCCUAUAUAUUAAAGAUCCAAAAGAAUCAUUAUCCGUUAUCAAAAUUGAUAUCCAUCAAAUACGAGACAUAUCUACGAGAAGUAGAGAUAAUUUUGUAUAAACAAAUUAUUUAAUAUCGAAUGCAAAUAUAAUUAUUUAUUUUCUGCGAAACAUAUUUGUAGAAGAGCAAAUGUUAUUAUUAUUAUUAUUAUUUUUUUUAUGUACUACGUAAAGUGCAAUCCUAAUGGUGUCGGGAUCAUUUUAAUAAAUAAUGGUAAAUAUAAUACGAUCAAAACACAAAUUAAUUAACUAUUUUAAAUAUUUCUUAUCUUAAUAUUAUAUUAAUAAAUUAUAUCAAUAAUUAAAAUUUGUAGAAUUUAUAUUUAAAAAUAAUUCUCUACAUUGUAUUAUUGUCCUUAGAACGAAAUCUUUGAUAUGCAAUUUUAGCUUGAUAGCCGGAAUAGGUAUACAAUUUAAAUUACUAAAUUUGCCCAUACACAUACGGAUUGUCGAAUUUUAUAAAAACAUUGAAAAGAGGAUAGAUUAUAAAAAUGUAUUUAUAUUUAAAUAUUUUAACUAUACAGGGUGAUUAAAAUAAUGUAAGUCACUCAUUAUCUUGGAAUUUGGUUUUUUAUAUUAUUUGAGAAAUAAAUAGCUCUAAAAUAUUAUAUUUCGUUUAUUUUUUUUCGUUAAGGGGUUUAAGAAACUCUGCCUACUCUUGAUUUUCAAAUGGCAAAUUUUUCUAAAAAUUCCAUAAACAGAUGGAGUAUUAGUGCUAAUAGAUGUUAAUAUUUUUGAUUUCUGUCAAUCCAUUAACAAAAUAUUCCACUUUUAAGUUUAAGUAGAGCGAGUGUAGUAGGACACUAUUAAAACGCCACACGCUAUGUUGCUACACAAAUGAUGCACCAUUAUUUUCCCUCCAUGAAACUUAAAAAAGGAAUAUUUUAGUAACUAUCUACAUACAAUUGGUUUAACUUUUUAAUUUUCUCAGUAGAGUUCUUACCUAUUGGGAAUUACUAGAAAUUUGUUGUUAGCUUCCGAGUCACAUUUGUAACAAGAGAAAAAACAAAAUUAAUUCUACUCCAUUCAAAAUAGUUUUUUUCGUUUGCAAUGAUUUGCGCACAGUAUAUAAAAUAAAUUAUCUUGUAUUCUAUACCUUUCUACUACCCACCUACGACAGUGGCCUACCCUUGAACACUUGAGCAAUAUCACCCUUUACCACAGACUAAUCUAUAGUAGCGGCAACUAUAGAAUUUUCUCUGAAAUUUUCUUUUUUUGUAUAGAAACUGUGUUGAUAUUAUUCACAAUUAUUUUGUAAUUAUUUUUACAUAUGGAUGUAAUAUGUAGAAUGUAGGUAUUAUUAUAAUUACUAUAUUUUGAAUUUAUAUUGUUUGAAACACUUAAUUAUCUUAAAAUUUAAAUUAAUUGAUUGUUAUUUUGUUUGGGUCAAAAACAAAUGUGAAAAUGUAACAACGAUUUUAACUUUUAAGAGUUUAAAAAAGUUUAUACUCGUGGGCUUUUCAUAAAUGCGACCAACUUUUAACUUGUUUUUCGUUAAAACGAUAUAUUUUACCUGAAGGAAAAAAAAAAAUCAAAAUUUAAAACCGACCGUGAAACGAACUGAGUUCGGAAAAUAAUUUUAUAAAAAUUUGUCCAUUAUAAUAAUACACCCGCGAAUAUUGUGUUUUUGGCAAUAAUAAUAAUAAUAAAAAAAAUAUAAUAAUGGGAAAUGUUUUUGUUUUUGUUUUUUUGUUUUUUUUUUUUUUUUUUUUUAUAAGGGGGAAUCGCGUUUGGUCGUACCUAUAUAUAAAUAUAAAAGUUGUUUCGGUCGGUGUGUGAGGGUGAUUGAGUGCGCGGCGUCCACCAAAUUUCAUUAGAACCGUAUAUAAUAUACAGUUUGCCAGUAAGCAAAAAUACCAAAUUGGAUUUUUUUCCCCUUGCCCCGCGUCUCGUCUUCACCGUUUUUAUUCGUUUUAUUAAUCCGAGGUCGGUUAUAACGGGUAGAAUUUAUUGUUGUUUUUUUCGCUCAUCACACACGCCCAGUAAAACAAACGUGCGUAUAUUAUAAUAAUAUUAUUGUACCAUAAUAACAUUACACGGUGACUCGAAAUCAUUAUUACCGUCCCGGUUCGGUUAAUUGUAUUGUAAUACAGCAUUUUUAUAGUAUAGAGUAGUACUUCUAAUAUCCAUAUACCUGUAUAAUAAUAUUGUUUCAAAUUAAAUUACACUUGACUUCAGCUUGCAUCGUUCGUCAUCAUCAUCAUCAUCAUCAUCAUCAUCAUUCAUCGGUAUUGUAAUAAUAUACUCGACUGCGAUCCGAUUAAAUCCGAAAAUCAUAAUAUUGUUGCCAAUUUGAGAUAAUAUAUGUACAUGUAUCGUAUAUCGUAUCGUAAAAUCGACAAUUCCGCCAAAACAAUAAAUAAUUUAUUGUGAACCUACCUAUGUCGAAAAUAUCCGCAUAACACAUAGAAAAAGGAAUUAAUUAAAAAUAUGAUUUUUUUUUUUUAAAUUUUAAAUAACUCUUCUUUCCAUGAACUAUAUCCAUUAUAAUAUUAUCGUUACUUAAUACUUACAUAUUAUUUUUGUAUUUUUCAUUUUAAUCGGAAUAAUAAUAUAAUGGUUAUUAUACAGACGAUUUGUAUUUUACACUGCAGUUUAUUUCUAUAUUAUUAUAUGUAAUAAAUGUUAGAGUAUUUCGAAAUCGUGAACGUUUCAGAUAGGUGUGAACGAUCGGAGGUGUAAAAAAGAUAUAUGUAUAUUCCGUAAAGUGUAGGGGGUUUUUCUUUCUCUUAAUUAAAGUAAUGGGAUUAGACUAAUCCAAGACAUAACUGAGGUGCAGGCCGCACGGGGCGGUACGGGGGAAAAUAAAACGUCUUAUAAAGCCCCGACUGCGGGGCGGGACUUGGUAACUACACCCCAGAGUACUUCGGGGCUACGGACUUAAAUUAAUUGCCCCGUAACUCCUACAAAGCGUCUCAUCGUCGUAAUUUUAUUUUAUAAUAAAAAUCGUAUAUAGUCUUGUACAAAGGGUUUACGUUAUAAUACCUUUCUUAGACUUUAUUUUAUUUUAUUUUUUUCAUUUUUCUCCCUCUGCGUUAUUUAAUUUAUUUCGUCCGGACGAUUAACAAUAUAUUAUUCGCUUUGCGAUAAUGUUUGGGCUUAUAUUAUAAUCAACAAUAAACUAUACAUAUGUAUUAGGUAUAUAUUAUAUUAUGUAGGUAUAAUAGGUAUACACGCCGUAUAUCUUUUUAUUAGGUAGGUAGGUAUUAAAACGAUGUACAAAUUAGAUUAAAAUAUGAUCUUGAAGCAUAUAAAAUUAAACUUAUUCAAAUAUGUAUAAUACCUAUACACAAUUAUUGUACAACAUAUAUGUAAAAUGUUUUACAUUUUGACUGUGAUAUACCUGAUGAUGAAAUUUUAAUUCGAAAUCCGUCGUAUAAUACACUUAUCAUAAUACUCCAGGCGACACAUUCAUUCAUUUAUUAGAUUCCGAGCGUAGCGAAGGAGCUAUUGGUUUUACAAUGCGGUUUUUUUUUUUAUUUUUUUUUUAAAUUGGUUUUAUUAAGAUGUUCAUUUUUUUUUUCUUCUAGUCGGUGGGUACGUUUUUCCUAAUAAACUUACCUCCGGUUUUUUACAUGUAGCAACUUUUUUGAAAGCCUAAGUUAUCUAGAUUGUAUUUUAAAGAUAUUGUUUUUUGAUUUUCCAUGCUAAUUUUUAAAUAAAAGCACUUAAGUGGGAAAAAAGGUAGGAAAACGUACAAUUUCACGAUUUCAUUAUUUUAUAAAAACACGGACGAUGUUUUCUACUAGAAAAAAUUAUUUAAUCGACAAAUCACAGGAUACCUUUUUUUGUUGACUUUUUGAUUUAAUUUCUUACGGUAUCAUCGCCAAAACUUUUGAGCUUUUAAGGAAUUUUAGUUUUUGGUAGCUUUUUGGCUUUAAUUUGAUUAUAAACACACGUAGACACUUUGAAAUUUGGUAUUAACACUUAUAUUGGACUUACCUAGAUGUGGUAAAAUUUUCAAAAUCAUCGGACGACUUUUUUUUUUUUAAUAAGUGUUUUGAAAUCAAAUUUAAACGAAAAUCACAAAAAAAAAAAAAAAAAUACGGCACUUCAAAUUAUGUAUUACCGAACUGCGCUUAGAAUCGUCUUUUGUCAAGCAAUGGUUUAUCGUUGCUUAUAGAUAUAAAUGAAAUAACCUUAUGUAUCCUACCUUCUCAACUUCUCUCUUACAAUAGUGGCCUCUCCCAUCUCCAGUAUCAGCUUUUUUUUAAUCUUCUUAUUUCUAUUUUUAAACAUUUUUAUUUAUAUAUUUAUUUACUAUAUUUAUAAUCUCUAUACAUUGGCUCAAUUAUUGUAUAUAUGUAGUUAAAAAGAUGGGCAUACUUCGCCGAUGGGUGUGCUAUUGUUGUAGGUGAGAACUUAAAAUGGUAGAAUAUAGAGAGAUAUUUAAUGUAUAUUUGUACGCAACGAUUAAUCAUUGAUAAUGAAAAACGAUCCUCAGCUGAGUUCUAUAAUACAUGUUUUACAAGGCCGUAAUACUUACGAUUUUUGAUGAACUUUGAUAUUAAAAUUCUUAUAAAAAAAAAAUACUAUAUUAAACUCAACUUUUUCUUAAUAAACACUAAGUACAACUUAUAAUGUACCUCGUAUCAAAUUUUCAAACAUUUCUGUGAAAUCUAAAAAUGUAUCUAUCGAAAAUUGCUCAAAUGUUCUGAAAAUUUUACCAUUUCUAGAAAAUAUAAGUUUUCAUCAAAAUUUCAAGUCUCUAAUAACAUUUUUAACUUAAUAACAAAAAAAAAAAUAAAAUAAAAAAUAAUAAAACCAUUAUUUUCGUACAUUUUCCCGUUUUUCCUAAGUUUUUCCAAAUUAUUGUGAAAAUCGCUUGGAAAAUCAAAAAAUGAUCUUCUUAAGUACCAACUAGAUAAAAUUUCCUUUCAGACUAGGUGCUAUACUUGAUACAUUGGAGUAAGAUUUCUGGCAGUAUUUUUGUACACUAUAUAAGAAAGAUGGAUAUACUUCGCACGUUUAUGGGCCACUGUUGUAGAUAAGAAGUUAGGAAGGUUUAUAAUGCAACGAUUAUAACUAUUGCUAAUAAAAAACGAUUCUGAGUGGAGUUUGGUUAAUAAUGCUGCUUUAUCAACAAUGUAUAUGUUAUAUUAUGGUAAAAUAAUUACAUAUGCAUUAUAUUUUCUUUAAUAAUAUUUGUUUAAUAUUGUACCUAUUUUUAUAUUUUCUCAUGUUUUUUUACGGUUUUUCCAUUUUUAAGUACCUUUCCAGUCAGAUUUCCUUUCAAAAAAAGUGUUAUCAUUUUAAAUCGAAGCAAAAUUGCUGGUAGAAAAGUUGUACACAGAAAAAAAAAAUUAAAAAUAAACUUUAUUUUAAAACCAGUGGCGUAUUUGACUUAGUAUUAUGAGGCGGGGGGACACUAAAAUUACUAUACACAAGAUUAUACCUAUUCUACCCUACUUAUCUUACUUUAUAAUUUUGAUUAUCUUUAUUAUCUCAGGAGAUAUUACAAUGAGUAUCUUCGUUGGACACUAUGUAUAAGUUUAUAAUUUUUUUUUUGUUGUAUAAUAUUUAUAGUUUAUAAUUAUAAAUGUUUUCGUUUAAUUGGCAAAAAACUACAAUUUCAUUUGUAUUUAUAAUUUACAAAUAUUGUCAAAUGCGUAUUACAUAAGUAAGUGAGUUUUUAAUAAUAUUCAAAUUUAAUACAAUGAUGAUUAAAUAUUAAUAUUAUAACUAUCGUUGUAUAAAAGUGGAAAAUAAUAAUAUAAUACUGCAGUUAACGCGGUAAUAAUAUUAUUCUGUAAUAAAUUAAUUCAACCAAUUCAGGUAACUAAUACCGCACUUAAAUAUUAUAUACUUAAUACACUCUAAAUGUAAUCGUUUUAUUAUAUUAGGUAGGACCCCAAUUAAUUUGUUAGAUCCAUUUAAGUAGCUUCAAAUCACAGUGUAAAAAUAGGGAGGUAGAAAAUUUUGAGAGAGAGCGGGAGAAAGAGAUAGAGGAACGGAAAUGAAUAAUGAAAUAAAGAAAACGAUUACGUUAAGCUUUUAAUAGCUAUGUUGCGAGCGUGUUUAAUUUGCCAAAUGGUAUCAAAUGCACAUAUUCGAAUUAAUUUUGUUUUUUUUCUGUAUUUCAAAUCCCUCUAGUAACUGGUUGGUACUUAAACCUUAAUUUGCAAGAGGAAAAAAGGAGGCGCAAUAAAAGCCGUAAUCAAUUAGUAUUAUAUUGACAAAAUAACAUAAUAUUAUAUUUUUAUUAGACUAUAAUAAAGUAUGUACCUACCUAUUAGUGUAAACACUAUAUGUGAUUAAAAUAAUUAUCAUAUUUUACUUGUCACUUGUGGGUAUAUUUUCUUAAUGUCAAAAAAAUAAUUAAAUUGCGUAUGAUACAAAUAAAACGAUUGACGAUUGACAAAAUUUUAUUAUAAUUAUACUAUUAUAUUUGUUAUACUAAUAAAAAACUAACAGAUUGUAAAAGUGAAAAUAUUAUUUUCUUCCUACAUGUAGCUACGCCUCAGCGUAGGAGGAAAAAAAUAGUAAAUUUCUUCUUGAAAAAAAAAUUCUCUCCUGUCAAUUUGAUAAAUAGAAUGUCAUCAAAUAUAAAAAUACUUAUUGUUUUUAUGUUACAAAUUAUUCAUUUAUUUCAAUAGCGUACUUCGGAUUUUUCAAUGUAGUUAAACAUAGUAAAUGCAACUUAUACGUAUAAUAAUAUGAACAAACAAAAUAACAUAGGUACCUAAUAUUUAUAUUAGUUAUAAAAAUAAUUUUCCUUGAAGUUAUUUUGAAAAUUCACAAUUUUGUGUUGUACAGUUUUUAUCUGUUCUUCAUUAAAUAAGUAGAGCAAAUGUGCAAUAAUUAUUAUUUUAUUAGUAAUGUAAUUUCGAUGAAUAUGUUUGUAAUUUAUAAAGAAACGAAAGUUAUGUACUGGUAUAUAGGGUGAUUUUUUUAUCAUGAACCAGCAAUUAUCUCAGAGGAUUUUAAGUGAAUUUGAUUUAUGUUUUUUCUAAUCAUUAUGGAAUCGUUUAAACUUUAUUUUAAAACUAUUUUUUAUUUUUUUACCCCUAAUACAUAUAUCUUAAAUAACUACAUACUUUUGAUUUUUCAAUAUGAACCCCUCUUUUGAACACUGAUUUGAAUAGAGAAUAUUUUUCUAUUUUGAUAUGCAUCACACUAAUAUCAGAUUUACCAUUUAUGAGUUUAGAGAAGGGUCAUAGAUGGGCAAUUUAUUACUCUUCUCUACUCCUCCGAUCUAAACUUUAAACUGUUAUAACUCAUAAACAGUAAAUUUGAUAUUAGUGUGAUGCAUAUAAACAUUUUUAGAAAAAUAUUCUCUAUUUAAAUCAGUGUUCAAAAGAGGGGUUCCUAUUGGAAAAUCAAAAGUAUGCAGUUAUUUAAGAUACAUCUACAUAUAGGGGUAAAAAAUUAAAAAUGGUUUUAAAAUAAAGCUUAAACGAUUCCAGAAUUUAAAAAAAAAAACAAAAAUCAAAUUCACUUAAAAUCCUCUGAGAUAAUUGCUGGUUCAUGAUAAAAAAAUCACCCUAUAUACCAGUACAUAACUUUCGUUUCAUUAUAAAUUACAAACAUAUUCAUCGAAAGAGAUACUUGCCUGGUUCAUGAUAAAAAAAAUCACUCUGUAUAUUAUAAUUAUUAUUGGAAAUACUCAUUUUAAAUCACAGUCAAUAUUAUGAAUAAAAUUAAUAAAAAUCCAGGUAGAAACUAUACAGAAGAUAUAACUACAUAAUGUAUAAUUAUCAUUAUAAUGUUGCAUUUCCAGAUAACUUUCUCACCUAAGCGCAAGUCAGUAUUAUAGUAUUAUAAUUUAAACUGAAAGGAAUAAUAAAUAUUCGAAUUCGAGUUUGAAUAAAUAUACAGUCCAGUGCAGAAAUCGCUCUACACAAAAAUGGUCUUUUUUUUUCAAAACGUUGUGUUGUAAAUUUGAAAACUAUACCUAUUUAUUCAUAAUAUUAUAGUUCUCUUUGUUGUCUUUUUCAAUUUUUACAAGCCUAAAAAAAACUAUAGGUAUACACUGAACAAAUUUAAAACGGGAAUUUAUAAAGAAAAUAUUAUAAAACAAUGAUUACAAUAUAUCUAACCAUUUUAUAGAUUUCAAAGAGACUAAAGAAGAGAGCGUAGAAGAAUACCGUCAAACUCUGGACGGAUCGAAAAAUAGUAACAGUAAACAGUCAAACGGUCCGUCUAAUAAGCAACGGCGAAGUAGAACGAACUUCACAUUAGAACAGCUCAACGAACUCGAAAGACUUUUCGACGAAACCCACUAUCCCGAUGCAUUUAUGAGAGAAGAGCUUAGUCAGCGUCUUGGCCUUAGUGAAGCUAGAGUACAAGUGAGUUUUGUUAAAUUAUUUGUACAUGAAAUAAUAUACAUAACAUGAUUCCUAAACUUGAAAUUUUUACAAAUCUGUUUUGAAAAUAAUAGCAUAUUAAUUUAUUAAUUAUGCUUAUUGUGUUCUAAAUUAAUUAAAUGUAAAAAUAGUGUACUUGAAUAUUUUUAGUGGUUUUAGAUCUUUAUAAAGUGUUAGUGUUAUUUUUAACACUUAAGUUUAAAAUGUUCACAUGAUGCACAUCGCCUAAUCUAUUAAAGUGAUAAAUUAUAAAUAUGUAACAAAAAUAACAUUUUGUAGGUAUGGUUUCAAAACAGACGAGCCAAAUGCCGAAAGCACGAAAGUCAAAUGCAUAAAGGUACGUAUAAAACGUAUAAUAGUUAUAGUUAUAGUUCUCAAUCGUUUAGAUAUUAUUAAAUUUAUUUAUACUUCUAAUAAUUUAAUAAUUAUAUUGAUAUAAUGGGUUUUUAUAGUAAUCUACAGGUGCAAUGUAAUAACUAUAUUUCAAAUAGGACAAAUGUAUUGUAUUUCAGGAGUUUGGUUACAUAAUUGUUGUAUUAGGUUAUAAUAAGUUAUCAAGUAUUGACAUUUAUUGAUAGUACGCAUAAUAUUAGAGUUUUAUGUUUAAUAAAUACAUAAUACAUAUUUCUUAAAAAAGAAUGGAACAAUUAAAUUAAUUAUCUCCCCCUCGAACAAAAAAUGUACACUCCUUAAGCAGUAUUCUCUUGGCUAUUGUAAAUUCAUCUGGCUGUGUAAACAUUAAGCGGAUUAAAGUUGAGAAUAUGCUAUAAAUUAUUGCGACCAUAAAGAAAAUUAAUUUUCCUCUGUAUACGAAUUAUUAUUUAUUGUGCGUAAACAUGUUUUUUUAAAAUAAUAUAUAUAUAUUUAUAAUAUUAUAUGUACUUUUAAUUAGAAGUAUUAAUUUUUAAUUACAUUAAGAAAUUAUUCGACUCAAAAGUUUUAAUAGUUAAACCGAGAAAUAUGUAGAGAAAAUGAGAAAAUUUACGAAAUUUAUUAUUUUAUAUUUUGUUUUUUAAUAUAAUAAAAGAAAAAUAUUUGUAGAAACUUGAAAUUUUAACAGAAAACUUAUAUUUGCUUUUUCUAAAGUGGUAAAAUUUUUAAAACAUUUGAACCAUUUUUGAGCUAUUUAUAAACAUUUAAAUUUUGCGAGAUUUUUUCGUAAUUUAAAAGGAGAUGAACAUUAUGUUGUACCUUAUGAUAAAGAAAAAUUGAGUUUAUUAUAGUAAUUUUUUUUUCUAAGAAUUUUAAUAUCAAAUUUUGAUAAAAAUUGUAAAUAUUGCGGCCUUUAUAUAUAUGUAUAAUAUAACUCUGCUCAGAAUCGUUUUUCGUUAGCAAUAGUUUAUAAAUAUAAAUUCUUUUCUAUAGAAAAGGUAAAAUAUAAAGGUAAAGAUACCUUCCCAACUUCUCACCUACAACAGUGGCCCACCCGUCGUGCAAAAUAUGUCUGUCUUUUUCUAUUUUCCAUUUUUAUUUUCACGGUACAUUUCCGUCACAUUUUGAAUCUCAUACUUUUUAUGUCAAUCUACGAGCUCAUUUGUUAGUCUUACAUUUUAUUUUGCAAUGACUUCAGGUAAGAUGUCCUUCUGUCCCCCGGAACACUAUUUUUAGUAGCUGCCUCCAGUGAUAUUAGUUUUUUUGCUUGACCUAUCGAUUCUAAAACAGUAGUUAGAUCCAAUAAUUUUAUUUUGCAAGGAUUAACUUCCGAUCUCGUGUAUAUGUGUUUUAGAAAUUUACUUUUAGUGUUUGCAAUAUUUAAAAUUAAUCUAUGUUAUGUGUUUAACCUUUUAGCAGAAGGAGGGGGUGAUGUUUUCCAGACAUAUUUUAUUAUAUAAUGAAAGAUAAAUUUAUAAUUUUCAAUACACAUAUUUUUCUACUAUUACAUUUCUGAUAUCAAAUAUUAUUGACAUUAAUUUAAUAACCUCACAUUUUUUUUCCCCAAUUCUAAACCUCUAGUACCUCUUAAACCUCUUAUAUAAAAAUACAUUUAAUGUUUUCUUCAGAUUUCAAAGAGGCAAAGUAUUAUGUAUUAUAAAAUCAAAAGGGUUUUAUAGGAUUUUUUCUCGGGAAAAACUUUUUUGGUUAGUAGAAAUGUUUCAAGUUUUGUUAUGUCAUAUCUUUAAUGAUUUGAAUUUUUUGCUGGACAGUACUUCAUUUGAAUAUUUCGAAGUUUCUAAUACUUUUUUAAUCCCUUAGGUUGUUUUUAUUUUUUUUCCUCGGAAAACACUUAUUCGAUUAGUAUAAGAAGGCUCUAAAUUAUUGACAUCGUAGGUUUAACUUGAAAGAUGUGAAUUUUUCACCCAGUAAAACUUUAUUUGAAAAAUAAAACACGUCUAGAUUCUCAACGAUAGUUUUCUACAAAAUUUAAAUAACUAACAACAAAUACAUCGAUUAAAUACAUAGAUUUUAUCAUUGAUUAUAUAAUUAUACUUUCAAUAUAUUAUCAUUAUAUUAUAUAAUCGAUGGCUUCAAUUUUGUUAAUUUUUGGUUUAGUACUUUGCUACAGGACAUAAAAAUACAAAUUACACUAUUAAUCGUAUUAAUCGUUUAGAAUCGUUUUUUUUUCAUUUGGAAUGAUAUUUAUCGUUGUAUCUUGUAUACAGCGUUUAAAUUGAAUUAUCUUUUAUAUGUUAUUACUUUCCCAACUAAGUUCCCACCUACAAUAAGCAGGGAGCAGUGUCAAUUUAUUUUAUAACUAAAAAUAUUCUUAGAGUUCAUUUAGUGGUAUAAAAUAGUAAAAGAUACUAUUUUAUUUUUAGGGUUCUAUGCAAUGUUGUCCUUUUCAAUAGUAAUCAUUAAGAAAAAGAGUUAUUCAUUAAUUUAUCAAGCCUAACAAAUUGUUUUUCCUUCUUGAAAACUUACUAACAUUCCUUUCUUUAAAAUAAUCUGAGUGAGAUUUCCGGGAGAAUUGUUAUCAACCUCUAAAUUAAUCUCGGGUCUAAGAUAGGGAGAUAUCUUAUCCUCAACCCUGUUUAAUUUAGGACUAGAAAAAUUUAUAAGAGAACUAAAUCAUAAUCAAGAAAUGGAAGUGAUAAAUAAAGAAAUAUUAUUGGUCUUAUGCAUAUGAUAUUGCCAUUUUAGGAAAUUCCAGACAGAAUAUUUCUCAGAGAAUGUCUAAACUUUUAGCAGCUAAUAAAAGGAUGUGACUUUGUAUUAAUGAAGAAAAAACUAAAUUUACUUAUGCUUUCUAGAAGAGAGGUAGAUCAGCCUAAUUUAUAAUUAGAUAAUUUUAUCUUUAAGAAAGUGGAAAAUUUUAAGUACUUAGGUGUAUAUAUAAACUGUAAAAAUACCAUGCAUAAGAAAAUAGCUGAACGAAUAGCAAGUCGAAACAGAUGUUUUCACAGCAUUCAUAAGUUAUUCAAAUCUAAAUUGUUAUCGAAAAGGUCAAAAACACUGCUUUAUAUUAGAUUUUUGAGACCAAUAGUCACGUAUGCCUGUGAAACGUGGUAUACGACAAAAGAUGACAGUAACAACACUGACGAUAUUUAAGAAAAAUAUAAUACAAUCACGAUCUAUUAUCAUUUGAAAGACGGAAAAUGACAAUGUGUACCAAUUGUAUGAAAAAUCUACUAUAUUAACAUUUACAAGAGUUAAGAGAUUAGAGUUGUUUUGUCACAUUUGGAGAGCUGAGGAAGAUUUACUAAAAAAGUUCAAAACUGCAAAGAUACAAAGAAAACGGCUUCUAGGGAGACCGCGUGUAAGGAGGGAAGAUUUGCUCGAAGCAGUUCAGGUCCUUCAAGGACUGUUAAUCUGAAGUAAAAUAAUAUUAUUAAUAAUACAAGAGCUAAUACUGCUAAUGGUGCGCCACUGUUUUAGGUGGAAUUUUGUCUAAAAUAAAAUUUUGUAACAAAAUAUUGAUAGGAACAUACAUCAUAUUUUCCUUAGGAUUAUGAUGUAUGUUACUUAAUACAUACAUUCCACGUGGUCGUUUUUUAACACCUACGUUAUAUUAUUACAAAAUAAUAAUACAAAAUUAUAUAUUUUAUACAUUUAUGGUCUACACUGUACAUUAUAGAAUAUAAUUUUAAUAUUUAAACCACAGUUAUAUCUUUUAUCAAAAAUUAAACUAAAAAGUAUUAUAUUCAACAAAAUCAUUUUUGAUAAAUCGAAAUCAUUACAGUUCAAAAAUUAAUAAUUAUUUCGAACGGUAGAUAAACUAUUUUGACUCAACUUAAAAAAUGAUCCGCAAUAUACCCAGCGUAAUUUUGAAGAAUUCGUUAAGUGUACUCCACUUUUUUUAAGAACAGUUAGAGGUAGGGGAUCUGAGUUCCUUGGCAUCCCUUCCACUUUAACCCCAGAGUUAUUUUUUUACACGUUCGACAUUUAAUAAUAAUGUAUUAUAAAUUAAUUUUUUUAUAUUAUAUACCGCAAAACCAACAACGACGGUCAUUUAUUAUUGCACUGUAUUAGUCGCUUUGGAAUUUAGAAAAAAUCACACUUGUCAUUUGGAAUAAACGGAAAAAAAAUAUGAUAAUUUCAUUUUAAUAUCCGAUUGGGGUGUUAUUCACCGAUCCGUUUACACACUUAUAUAUAUACAUACAUAUUAUAAUAUUAUUAUAAUAAUGUAUACGUGCAAACGCGAUUAACGUACCGCAACACGUUAUUUAUGUCCGAUCAUUAAUAUUAAUAAAAUACGUAUAAUUUUUUUCGGGAGCGAAAAACAACAGCGACGACGACGACUGUUAACGAAUUGUAUAUUAUAUUAUAGCGAAAAAUCUGCAUCGUGAACCAAAACGGCGGAACCCUUAUAAUAUAUAAUACGACCGUAUAAAAGGGAUGGACCGUACAGUAUUCAUGAUAAUAAUAAUAAUAAUUAUAAUAACAAUUGAACAAUAUAUAUAGAAAUACUCUGUUUAUGAAUAUAUAUACAGAGUAUUUCUGAAAUGAAUGAGGACACUAGUAUAAGCGUACUUACUGGAGUAGAAUAUUAUGUUGAUUCUAAAAUGAAUACUUGAAUGAGAUUUUUUGCAAAAUUCUCAUGUGCAUCUAUUAGCGCUUAUUGCGCGUUUUUCAGGUCUGAGUGACCAAAUUCCAAAAAAUAUUGUCUGACACAUCGAUUUGUAUGAGAACUCUGUAAGAUAAACGCAAUGGUAAAAUGUAUUUGUAGUCAUAUUUAUCAUACCCGAUUAAUAAACACGGUUUUUACACUGACAACUUUUACAAAUAAUGAAAUAAAAACAAUAUUAUGACUUAUGAGUAAAUAAUAGAAUUUAUUGCUAUAAAUCAAAGUUAUGUAUUUUAGAUGUUUAAGAAAACGCAUAUUUGUAAUAUCAUAAGAUAAAAUCCGUCAAACACCAAAUUUUUCGGAAAGAAUUUAGAUUUCAUUACAUCGUCGUGUAGUAAAGUCCAUUGAAGCCAACGGGAUUGAAUCACUUUUUUAAAUCAAAAUUGAUUUCAAAUAAAGUUUUUUAUACAAAAACUAUGUUAAUUAAUCAUGUAUGAGAAAUUACUAUAAAUAAAUUUCACCACCGUGUACACGUAGAGUUUUUUACAAAUCAACGUGUCACACAAUAUUUUUUAAUCGGGUGACUCGAAUAUGAAAAACGCGCUACACGUGAAAAAACAACGCUACACCUUAAUUCAUGUAAUAUUCUGUAGAUUAAUUUAAAAAAUCCAAGUUUUGGAGAUAGGAAAAAAUUUAACAGAAAUAGAAGCUAGAAUUUUUUAAACACUUUUAAGAGGAUCAAAAUAUAGCUUAUUACAGACUUCAAUCAAGGAUGUAUAUAAUGUAAUAAAAUAUGUAAUACAACUGGAUACUAGAUAGGAGUUAUUCUAAUUUUGGGUAAUUGAUUAAAAGUUACAGUUAUAUAUAUCCUGAGUAAUUGGUUACAAGUUACAGUUACUCUAACUAAGUUACAUUAUAAGCUACAAGUUACAUAUAAUUUAUUCAAUUUUUAUAAAAAUAAUAAUAAUAUGGUUUUCAAUCAAUAAAAUAAGUUCAAAUUCUUUGUACAAUAGAUGAAUAGUGACAAGUCAAAGCUAAUAUAUUAAAACUUAUAAAUAUUAUAAUUAUUGAUAACAUAACUAGUAAGCGAUAAGUGAUUUGUCACAUAUUGUUCUGCUCUUAUCACAAAUUGAAAUAAUAUUGAUUAGUAUUAUACAAAAUAAUGAUAUAAGAUGAUUUUUCUAAUUUAAGUUGUGUGUAUCUAUUGUUAUAAGUUACAAAACAAAUUGUAACUCGUAACAUUUAAAAGUUACUUUAAAAUUAUGUAACUGAUUACACGUUACAAAAGUUACCGAGUUACGUAACUUUGGUACAUGUAACUGAUUACUGCCCGUUCAUCACUAUAAUGAAAGGUAAAGUCGAAGGACGUCGUAGACUUGGUCGAAGAAGGAUGUAAUGACUACAUGAUAUUUGAUAAUGUACAGAAUUUCUGUAACAGAAACGUCAACGGUAGUAUUCAGAAAAACGCAAGAUCUCUUGCUUUUCUUUGCACAAGUUGCCAAUAAAUCUAUUUUAGUGGCUAAUUUUAUUGGUUCCGUUAAUUUGGAAAUCUGUUAUAUAAAAUCCAGCUGGGUCCAACAAGGCCAUAAUUUUUCAAUUUUGGAUUCAAAAAUCUUCAAACGUUCAUCUAAAAAAAAAAAAGUAAAUGAAAAUUAACGAUUGUUAUUUUUUUUGUAUAAAAAUAUACAAUUUGAAUAAUCAAAAUAGACUUAUUAUGGCCUAAAAUUUAAGUAUCGGGUUAAGAGGGAGCAGUGUUCUGUGCCCAAAGAAAAAUGGGCUCCGAAAAAACUUUAAAUGUAACUGAAGCGGUCUUCUGAAUCAUUCGUUGCAUUCGUCGUUGUGUAUUCGGCCGAUCGGAUGUAAUAACAAUAAUUGAAUAACAGAAAAAAACAAAAACCCGUACAGACGUCAUCGUCGCGGUGUAUAACCCCUCUUACGAGGGGUAUAACCAACCUUAACCUAACCCUCCGAGAGACGGUCGGACGAGCACACGGUUACGACGGACAUACGGCCUCAUGGAUUGUACACCGUUUAGUGGACGGACGACACCGUUCUAAUCGCUCGCUGGGGUGCAAUCGCCACCGCCGGGGCGACAAUCACUCGGUGCGCCUCGCACACACUUAACUUGAUUAAGCAACGGAUUAUUUGUAAUCCCUCUGUGGAUAUCCGGCACGCGCACAAAACUUCCCGCGCACGACAUGUAGUAGGCGCGCUCACAAAAUGUUACGAUCGGUGGCGCACUGAUUGACCGUCUCGCUUUGUAUACGCACAAGGAGAUUGUAUAAUAUAUUAUAUUGUGUACGUUUACGGACGCCCAUUGGCAUUAUUUGAAUUCACCGCUCAGUUUCAAGAUCAUAACAGUAUUCUGAUAUACACUUAUUGUUUACCUAUACUCUGCACCUCAUAUUGCAUAUGAGAAAAAGUUAUAGGUAAGAAUUUUUAGAUAAAAUUGUUUACAAAUGUUUGUGAGAGGUGCUUAGUCACCUAAUAACUACGAAGCACCUCCAAAUACCGGAUUACACCUUUUCUGUCAUUGUUUUAUUUUUUAUAAUGUUAUUAAAAUAUAGGUAUAAGUACUUAAAAGGUAGAUAAUAAACUAAGUACUUUUAAAGUAGCUAAUAAUUUAAAUAUUUUACUAGUAUUAUUAUACACUAUACUGCAGUGAUUACACUUAUAUACGAAUAUUAUAUUCCGGUAUGAUAGAUAAUUUAAUUUAAUUUGAAGAUAAUUACUAUUAAACCUAGUUGAAAUUCCAAAAUAUAUACAAGGUCAAUAGUUAUGUAAUUAAAAUACGAGAUAUUUGAAGUAAAAAUUAUAAUAAUGAUAAUAAAGUUGCACAAGUGGUAGAUACAUAAUAAUAAAAUAAUCACUUAAUUAUUCACUUGAUAUUAAAUUUUAAUAUCUAUUUAACAAUAACUGUUAUUCACGAAAUAUUUACAAAUUCCAAACAAUUUCAAAAUUUCAUCUUAAUUAUCGGAUUCCAUAUAUUAUUUUAAUAAUAGUUUAUAUACAUAUGAAUAGCUAAAUAGUUUUAUAGUACUCGUUGUAUAAUUAAAGGAUCCACUGCAAUAACCGCACAUCAUGAAUUUUCACGAAUUUUCUAAGAGGAGUUUAAACUAUUCCGGAGUAAGGUUGUUUCGCGUAAUUUAAAAACCAAAACACUCCAAUUUUACGAAUAAUUCGGCUACUAAAUUCCGGAGUUGUUGUUGCACCCAGUGCCGGCGCGAGGGUUGUGCAGAAAGUGCAAUCGCACUGGGCCUCGCACUUUUGGAUUUGGCUCUGGGACCUCACGAUUUUAUGGGACAUCUAUAAAAACUUUAAAAUAUUAUAAUUUGCACUGAGCUUUGCAAAUCAUAUCGCGCCGACACUGGCUCUACUCACGUUCAAAUUAUAAUUAUAUAAUCAUUGUCAUUUAUACGUACUGUAACACCUUUGUAUCCGAAGCCAAUGUAGAUAUUCAUAUUUAAUUAAUAAUGUAUAUAUUUUUUAUUAUUCGUAGGUUUAAUGAUGCACCAAAACGUUUCUACGCCUUUAGAACCAUGCCGAGUGGCGCCGUACGUAAAUGUGCCAAGAUUACCGCAAUUGCAGUUCAAUUCUUCGGCCGCGGCUGCCGCUGCGUUUUCCGCAUUCGACCCGGCUAUUUUGAACGCCGCACAACAGGUAAUUGUUAGUGUUUUAUCGACUUUACAUAUACUAAUAUAUAAUAGGUAGCGUUUAAAUAAAUUUAAAAAAAAAAUACAAGUCUGUGUUAUAGUUUUGAUUUUAUAUAACGCAGCUCUUCCGGGAAAAAAUCUAAUAUAUAAUUUUAUUGACAAAUGGAUAUAAUUUAAAAACUACGAAAUUCAUCAAUUUAAUGUUAUAGAACAUCCUUUUACUAAUAUGACGUUUAUCAAUUUAUCGUCAUUUUAUAUUUUAUAUACACACCAUAAAGUUUGUAUAUAAACACUUUGAAUUUAAAAAAAAAAAUUGGUAUUUUUUCACAUAGUGGUGCAGAAAUUAUUUAAAAACAAUAAAUAGGCGUAAAAACAAUUUAGUGAAAUUUCGGGGGCCUGAUUCCCCCAUUUACUUUUUAUAUUUACACACUGUACGCAGUUCAUAGUGUUUUUUAAGAAAAUUGUCUGUGUCCAAAUGGACUCAAGUAUAGUUCUGCACAUUGUACAUCCAGUAGAAUAAGAUUUUACAUACAAUGUGUUCACUAGAAAAUAUAUGGUAAACGAUUUAAUUAGUAGAUUUUGUAAUAAAAUAUUUUAUUUUAUAUAGAAAAUAAGAAAAUAUUAAAAUAUUCUCACUGGGAGAGGAGUAUUUAGGGCACACAUCUGCCUGAAUCUAUAGGUGAAGCCGAAAAAGGUAUGGAGCCGAAAUUGUUUAUUUUACUGUAUGACGACUAUACGGUACUACGGUGUCCGUCAUCUAGGCUAAUCGUUUAAAUUCGGUAAAGGACUGAUUGCAUGGAUUAUAUAGGUUUCGUGAUGGCCUUAUGGUCUAUAUGUUAGACAAAAAGUUUUAAUAAUACCAAUCUGUCGUUUAGAAGGCUUCUACUAAAUGAAGAAGUAAUUGGGAUAAAGUUCGAAAGAGAAGGGAAACGUUUGGUCUACUUUUAGAGCAUUUUUUAAAGGAAGAAGCUUAUAGAAAGGAAAUAGAUAAUCACUCAAAAAAAGUCCUGCCUUAAAUUGAAAUUUUUGCCACUCCUCCUCCGACCACCUUUACAAUUCACUGAAGUUGUGUUGUGUGUGAGUUUAUAUAUAUAAUGAUAUAAAUUUGUUGAAUAGGUUUGUUAAAUCUUUUAGUAUACUUCAUAAUAAUUUAUUGAGUCAGAUCGAAUUAUAUAUUUUAUUACAGUUACACUACGCGGUAGCUAUGGGAAGAGGCGUCCUGUGUCCGGCACCGUAUCCUCCGGGUGGUCUGAGUCUGGCUGCACUCGCAGCGCUCCAUCAAGACAGGCUGUUAACCAAAAACUCCAGUAUAGCCGACUUGCGGUUAAAAGCUAAAAAACACGCGGAAGCCAUUAGUAGAGACCAAGAGAUUGUUUAACAAUAUUGUAUUAUUUUCGUUUUUAUAUAGUAAGUAUACAUAUAUUAUGUUUUUUGUUUUGUUUUUUUUUUUUUGUUAUCAAUAUUGUUAUCGACAUGCUCGUGACUCUAAAUUAUAAUAUUAUGCUGAUCUGAUGCACGCAUAAAUAAAAAAAAAUACCUCGUUUUUAAACGGCAGGUUGAACGCAUUAAAAUAAUCUCCAUUUUUGUCAAAUUGC